AUGGCCGUCGCAUUCGCGUCGACCACGCAGCAGACGCGACAGCAAAGAUGGCCGGUUCGCUACGCCUGCGCGCUGCGUCGGCGGGAUGAUGUCUGUGCACGCUGCCCAGCGGUGCGGCAACUCCUGGACGAGGCCCCUUCCUUGUGGCCGCCUGACCUGGAUACAGUGCUCAUCCGCCGUGCUCCACCAAGCAGCUUCCUAGCGCUGGCGCGUGGAAAGUGGAGGAGGCUCCCCCGAGCAGCCGGCCUGCACAACUUGAUCCUGGAUGCGGGCGAGCUGGUCGCCAGUGGCUUCGUCAUGCAGUUGUCUGCAUUCCGCUGGGAUGCCCUUGGCUGCGUUGAGGCCCUUCUGUGGCUCAUUGGUGGUAUCUUGGCCGCGCUCCAACCGGGUGGCACAGCGGCUGCUGCGGUAGUGGCAGAGCCGAGCGACUACCUGGCCAGCUUUGUCCGAGCCUUUCCUGUGGACGUGCACGUCCUCAACAGUUCACCGCGCGCAGUUGUCAUCGCGACGGCCAAAGAAGCCAUCACGGUGCAGCAGAUUGAGUCGGUUGUGCGGCGAGAGGUGACGGAGGAGCGCUCCCACGGGCGGUAUGCCGACAUCCUGCGAAAUGCCUUGUCAGGCACAGUCGCGCAAGAACAGCGCCCUCUGCGCCUGCUGGAUGUGGGUGGCGGGGAUGGGCACAUGGCGGAAUGGUGGACCGACAUGGGCUGCGACGUUCACCUCUUGGAGGUGGAUGCCGACUGUGCAAAAGCCGCUGUGGCCCGGCUGGGCCAGGAGCGCGUAGCUCUCCAUGAUGGCAGUUCUGCCUGGCCAUAUGCAGAUGGUUCCUUUGACGUUUGCCUUCUGCUUUUCGUGCUGCACCACAUUGGCGAGGAAAGGGACCUGCAGCGGACACUCGCAGAAGCUGCCAGGGUGAGUCGCCGAGUUUUCGUCCUCGAGGACCAGCCUCGACACGCGGAGUCCGCAGGACUUGCGAAGCUGGCAGUGGCCGUCACCGCUGAACAUUUCCGGCCCUUUGGCCAAGACCCUGCGAAAUAUCUUCGCAACAUCCGCCCGGACGACACCUGGCGCGCGCUCUUCCGCGCGGCGGGGCUCCACUUGCAGCGCGCAGUGGAAAUUCCCGGUACCCUUCAACAUCCUGUGCCGCACACCUUCUACGAGUUGCGUGUGGACGGCAAGGAAAAGCUUCGGCCUGGGGCUUCGGCCCUAACACCUUCAUACGACGAGCCCUAG